CGUUCGCCACGUCUGAGAAAUUGAAUUUUAACUUCUGACAAUGCCGCCGAAAACUAGUGGUAAGGCUGCUAAGAAGGCCGGUAAGGCACAGAAAAAUAUCACCAAGGGUGACAAGAAGAAGAAGCGUAAGAGGAAGGAGAGUUACGCUAUUUACAUCUACAAAGUAUUGAAGCAGGUGCACCCUGACACUGGUAUUUCCAGUAAAGCGAUGAGCAUCAUGAACAGUUUCGUCAACGAUAUCUUCGAACGUAUUGCUGCCGAAUCUUCUCGUCUCGCACACUACAACAAGAGAUCGACCAUUACUUCUCGGGAAAUCCAGACUGCCGUCAGACUCUUGCUUCCUGGAGAGUUGGCCAAGCACGCUGUCAGUGAAGGCACCAAGGCUGUCACUAAAUACACCAGCUCUAAGUGAGCGCUUAUGACCUGAUAACAAAAAACAAUCGGCCCUUUUCAGGGCCAC